CGCGCAAGAUGCGCCGCCAGGCAGCCUGCGGCUCCCAGGCAGCCGCGCUCUCCCCGCUGCGGCCGGAGCUAUGAGUGCCGCCGGGGGCUGCCCGCCUCGCACCGCGAUCCGCGCCCGCGGCCCUUUCCGCCUACCAUCGCCUCGCGAAACCGAGGCACCGGCACCGCGGGAGACGCGCGCAGGACUGUAAAAUGGAUUUUGGAUUCAAAGCCCAUAACAACAGGACAUUGACCAAGAAUACCUCUGCUACUGCGAAGAAUUUUUCUGCCUGGGAAGAUUAUAAGAGCAGUGUUGACGACAUACAGUACUUCCUUAUUGGGCUGUACACACUUAUAAGUCUGACUGGCUUUAUGGGAAAUCUGCUUAUACUAACAGCUCUACUCAAGCGCAAGCAGAAGACAAUAAUAAACAUUCUUAUAGGUAACUUGGCAUUUUCAGACAUCUUAGUUGUGCUGUUUUGUUCACCUUUCACACUGACAUCUGUCUUGCUUGACCAAUGGAUGUUUGGCACUGUCAUGUGCCAUGUAAUGCCCUUCCUCCAGUGUGCAUCAGUUCUAGUUUCAACUUUGAUGUUAGUAUCUAUCGCUGCAGUCAGGUACUGUAUGAUCAAAUAUCCCCUUUCUAGCAAUUUAACAGCAAAACAAGGCUAUUUCUUAACAGUGACCAUUUGGGCAUUUGGCUUUGCAAUUUGCUCCCCUCUGCCAGUUUUCCACAAAACUGUGGACCUCAGCAAAACUCUCAGUUUAGAGGCACUGGAGAACAGGCUCUUGUGUAUUGAGUCGUGGCCUUCUGAUUCCUACAGAAUUGCCUUUACAAUUGCCUUAUUGUUCAUGCAGUAUAUAUUGCCCCUGGUGUGUUUAACUGCUAGUCACACCAGCGUCUGCAGGAGCAUAGGUUCCAGACUGUCAAACAAGGAAGCCAAGUUUGAAGAAAAGGAGAUGAUAAACCUAACCCUUCAUCCCUCUAAGAGUACUGGCACGCAGGUGCAGCCCUCCAGCCAUUCCAGGUGGAGCUGCACCUUUGGCAGAAAGCACCACAGAAGAUACAGUAAAAAAACUUCAAGUGUGAUGCCAGCUAUUUCGAGGCAUCAUCAGGAUCCUCAUUCCAGAGGCCUUCCAGAAACCUCUGGCACAGAAAAAAGCCAGCUUGCUGCCUCUAGUAAAUUCAUCCCUGGGAUACCUAUCUGUUUUGAGAUGAAACCGGAAGAAAACACAGAGAUCCAGGACAUGAUUACAGUACAAAGAUCCACCAUCAGAAUUAAGACCAGAUCUCGGAAAGUUUUUUGCAGACUGACAGUGCUAAUCCUAGUUUUUGGAUUCAGUUGGAUGCCUCUUCACCUUUUCCACAUUGUGACAGAUUUUAAUGCCACUCUCAUUUCUAACAGACAUUUUAAAUUAGUAUAUUGUAUAUGCCAUUUAUUGGGUAUGAUGUCCUGCUGCUUGAAUCCCAUCCUCUAUGGGUUCCUUAACAACAGCAUAAAAGCCGAUUUAAUGUCCCUUAUUCCAUGCUGCCAAAUACCAUGAUUUUAUGUGCCCCAAGGUAAAAUAAAACAAACAAGUUUGGCUUUCAAGUUUACUGAUGUGUACAGCUGUAAAAGCUAAAUUAGUUUAGUUUAGUUAGUCUUGGUUGUGAUUAGUAGCGGUUUGUGUGAAUGGAGAGUUCUACAGCUGCAUGUAUUUCUUGCAUUGGCCAGAAAAAUACACACACACUGUAACAUCCUUCUAUCUGUUACACAUACAGAAUCAUGCCCAGUGUACAAAACCAGAAUACUAUUUCCACUUCCUGAAAUACUGGCGACCUGUACUUUGGAAUUAAACAGAAUAUAUAAUAAGUAAUAAAUGUAAGACUACUUAGACAUAUCAGUAUUAACUGUCAUAAAACUAUAAUAAAAUACAUACUGUUUACUAAAUAAUAAUUGUUGAGACUGAGUGCCAACUUUGCCUGUUUUCUAAGAUAGCUGAACAUCUGUUUCUAGACGUAAUGAGAAAAUAAUUUUCUUUAGCUUUUUGACGCCUACUUUGCAACAUCUUUGCAAGAUGCUUUGCGGCUGUUCCCAGGUUGCCUUUUUAUUCCCUUGAAUGGGUUUGUGGGUAGGUGUUCUUGUCUAGAUUGUUUACAUCUCACUAUGUUUAGACAGUACAACCUGUCUCUGAUUUCCUUAGCCAAUUUUUUGCUAUGGCUUGUUUUAUGUAAUUUUCAGCCAGGCCUGAGCUUAUCUAUAGUUACGCCUUUGUUCUUGCAAUGAUGACCCCUCUGAACAUACAACCUGCUUCUGAUCAGAGCAAGCCUUCGUUACCUAAGGAGGUGAGAGUGGAAAGAAAAAGAAAAUGGAAAGACAGCAGGAUCUUUUUUUUUCUGUUACUAAAAAGCAAAAGCUUGCUGCACUUCAUUAUAGCUGCUGACCCACUUUCCUUGGAGAGCUGCAACAGCUUUCAAAUAAACACGUGUAUAUGUACUUGCACACACACACAAGCACUUUCUGGAUCUCACUCCCUUCUCUCUUUCUCUCCUUUUUAACCAGACCAGUACUUUCCCUUCCAAAUUUAAAUCAUACACAUCUUUCUGAAGGAAGUCAUAUUACAUUUCAUAGGACAAAUGUGAAGGGUGUGUAUAUAUGUUCUCUUCCCCUCAUCACUGCCCUCCUGACCCUCCCUGGAUUGCUCUUAACUUAAUAACCCACCUCCACCCUCAGGAUG